AUGCAGCUCGCCUCUGCCACCUUAGCUCUGGGCGCUGGGGGGAGUUUUGCUGAUGCGCUGGCAGCACUGCUCAGCCAGCUGGUAGCUCUGAUUCAGCUCACGCUGUGCCAGACGGGACAGCUGUUUCUGGAGGUUUCUUCAGCUGAACGAGCAGUGCUGCUGGGGGUGCUGCUGCAGGGAGCACCACAGGCGCAGCUGUUUGGCGGCAUCCCACGCCCCGACGGGGAGCUGGCGCUCUGGCACACACACAGGGACGCUCUAGAGGCCAGGCUCCCGUCUCUCAGCAGCAAGGAGGUGGCAGACGCGUGCCAAGACUGGCUGAAAGCAUGCGCUGCUGAUAUUGCUGCCGAGUCCAAGAGCCUUCUCAGCAGGGUGACCCAGAUCCGCCACCUGGCGCAAGCAGAGGCCGCCACGCGUGCAGCGAUCACCAACAAGGACAUCUUCGCUGCCAGCCUGGACUGGCUGACGUCAGCCUUCGGCUCUCCCCCGGAAUCCCCCUGGCGCGCCCUCUGCGAGCUGCUACUGAAAGAGCCCAAGGACCUAUGGAGCGAGUUGUUUGAGGCCGCGUUCGCACUUAGAGCGCGGGAGAUUAUUGACGGGGCGUUUGCGGGAUUGACGCUGAGGGAGGAGAUUGACGGGGUGUUGAGGGAGGUGGGGGAUGUGGUGGCUGUGGCAGCCGUGGUUUCAGCACAGAAUGCUGCUGCUGCUGCUGCUGCUGCUGCUGGUACUGGUGCUGGUGCUGCUGGUGUUGGCGCUGCAGGUGGUGGUGCUGCUGUGGUUACGGCUGCUGCUCGUGCUAUUGCCAGUGAGAAAGCAGCAGGUUUGGCAGGAGGAGGCAGGAGGUUCGGGGCAGGUUGGGCGACACUACCCCCUCUCACUGACGUUAUAGGGCAAGCAGGGUUCGAGGAGACAGGCGGGUUUGCUGUUGGGGAGGCAGUAUGGGGCACCCCGGGAGAGGAGUUGGGUGUGGUGGGGCUGGGUAAAGGUGGGGCAGGAGGAGCAGGUGGAGAGGGGAAGGAGGGUGGGAAAGAGGGUGGGAAGGAGGGUGGGCGGGGGAACGGAGAGGCAGUUUUGCGUGGCACGCAAGUGUAUGAGCCACAGGUAAGGGUGGUAUGGCAACAGCUACACUCCAAAAUUCAGGAGAUUCUGCUAGAUGCCCUCACUCUCCUCCUUCCUCACUCUGCACUCGCUCCCUCUGCCCAUCCCUCCACCACCACCUCCUCCUCCUCCUCCUCUUCAUUGGAUUCUUCUGCCCCCGCCUCUGCCGUCGCUGCUUCGGCAGCUUCGGCGGCGUCCCGAACCAAGGAUUUGGCCCCGUACCUGCAGGAUCGGUGCCACGAGUGUGUGAUGCGGCUGGUUAGGCUGCUGGCAAGCAGGCUCGGCGACCUGCAGAAGCAGCAGCAGCAGGCAGAGCGGGCAGAGCAAGCUGAGGAGACGGAGAAGGGGGAACGAGAGAACGGCAGUGUUGAGAACAGCUCGGAAAGUGCGGCAGCAACAGCAGCAGGGGAACGAACAGGAAAUGGGUCAGGAGGAGUGUUGGAUGCAGGAUCACGAUCCAACGGCCCAGAUGCAGCGAAUGCUGCUGGGAGGUUAUCCGCGCAAGUGGCGGUCGAACAGGCUCUUCUGAUUGGCCGGCUGGCAGCGGCUGUAGCGCAGAGUUCCUCCUCCCUAGCUGUGGCGCUUGGCCCUAGCUCCACCUGGCCAGCUGUAGCAGCAGCUGCUGCCGCUACAGCAGGCGGCUAUACCGCUGCUUCGGCUGAAUCAACUGCUUCUGGAGUAGCCUCAGAAGCUAGUACUGGGGCGGUUUAUAAUGGGGAUGCUGAGAGGGAUGGGUCGAGGGCUGGGGAGCCAGUGCUGCAGUGGCCCUCUCAGGAGGUUGUGGGGAGUAUUAUCGCAGCAGCAGUGGCAGGAGGGGGCAGUGGUAGCAGCGGGAGUGGCGGUGGCGGUGGUGGUGGGAUGCUCUCCCAAGAUGCUUCUAACCCCAAGGUGCUCUCCCAAGGUGCUCUCCCAGGAUGCUCUCCCAAGAUGCUUCUAACCCCAAGGAUGCUCUCCCAAGAUGCUUCUAACCCCAAGGUGCUCUCCCAAGGUGCUCUCCCAGGAUGCUCUCCCAAGAUGCUUCUAACCCCAAGGUGCUCUCCCAAGGUGCUCUCCCAAGAUGCUUCUAACCCCAAGAGGGAGUUGCGGCGGCUGAGCAUUCUGGCGCACUCGCACUGGGUGACUCACAGCACCCGCCUGCUCGCCUCCGCCUUCCGCCGCAAUCUCAUGCACGACCCAGCUCUCACCACCGCCACUCCCCUCCAGGGCUGGGAGGAGACGGUGGUGCAGCAGGAGGGGGAGGAGGGCGAGGCCAAGGUGGAGAUGCGAAUGACCCUGCCGGCAUGCCCCUCGCCCUACGUGGCGUCGCUGCUCUUUGCCGCCUCCGCUGAUGUGCACCGUGUGGGCUGCCACUCCCUCGACCGCCUCGUCCUCAGGCUGUUUGCCUGGGAACUAUCAGGCCAGGUGGGGAGAACAGUAGGAGGGGCUGAUGUGCACCGUGUGGGUUGCCACUCCCUCGACCACCUCGUUCUCUGCCUUUUCGCCUGGGAGCUCUCAAACCAGCCGCCCUCCCUUCGUCCCUCCCCUCCCCACCUCCCCGCCUCCCUGCCUUCCCCCCUCCCCUCCCAACAGUUCCUGGGUGUGCACGAGGCUCUUGCCUCCACUCGCCAUAAAGGCGUGCUGCAGCUGCAGCGGCUCUUUGGCGCUCGCCUGCUCGCACACAUCCGCUCGCCCUCCCUCAUGCCCAUCCCUCUUGCGCCCCCCCGUCUCGUCCCUCAUGCCCAUCCCUCUUGCCCCUCUCCUUCUCCUCCCUCAUGCCCAUCCCUUCAGGUUUUAUCUGCCUACGAGUCUGCCGCCAGCACCAAGCGUGCAUCAGGGAAGGGAGUGCUGCAGCUGCUCUUUGAAGCGCGCCUGCUGUCAGACAAUCUUGCCAGCACCAAGCGUGCAUCAGAGAAGGGAGUGCUGCAGCUGCUCUUUGACGCUCGCCUGCUGUCAGACGUGCUCUCAGGAGGGGCGGAGUUGCCUCUGGAAGCACUCAGAGCGAUAUCAGGGGCAGCAGCAGAAGGGCGUGCAGGAGGGGGAGCAAGAGCAGGGGCAGCAGCGGACAGGGGAGCUGGGGCAGGGGCAGCAGGGGGGGCUGUAGCAAGGGCAGGUUCAGGAGGUGGAGCAGGGGCAGGGGCAGGGGCAGGGGCAGGGGCGGGGAGCAUUGGUGUGUCGGUUGCGGCGAGGAAGAAACGAGUUGCAGCGCUGCUGGAGAAGCUGCAGGAGGAGCUGGACCCCAUCGACCGAGCCGCCUACCUGCCUUUCCUGUGGCAGAACCAGCAGCGAUUCUACCUGCGCUCAGCAGUGCUCUUCGGUCAUCUGGCACAGCUGCAUCGCCUCUACACCGAUGCUGCACCGCGCCAUCCCUACGCCACAGACGCCAACACCCUGGAUACCGCUCCCACCGUUCCACGCUUCACUUUCCUGCCCAUAAGCUCCCCGCUUCUGGCCAAUGGCGGGCUGGCACCUGGCGGUAAGCCCCGCCGUCCAUCCACCUUUGGAGAUGUCUCGCUAUCCGUUUCUGGUUCCAGCAGCAACAGUGGCGCUCCAGUGUCCCGUGUGCCUAGUGGGGCAGGGGCGGCUGCAGCAGCAAGUGGUGUCGGUGGUGGUGGGUUUGGAGGGGUGGGUAGCGGUGCUUGGGGAGAAGAUGGGGCUCUUGGAGGGGCGUUCUCGUUCGCAGAUUCGACGGGGCUUUCUGCUACACCCAUUUUCAAGUCACUUAUGGGUCAGGUCAAACUGGGGUCAAUUCUCGGGGAUGGCAGCCAAGUCACGCGCAACAUUUCAAACCUACAGGAGAUGUUCAACCAGCCGUCGCAGGCAGCUGGGCUGUUCUCAUCGCUUACAAGUGCCGCUGCUGGGAGCUCCUCUCGCCUGCAAGAGCUGUUUUGA